AUGUGCAUGAAGGCUCAGUGCUCCACCUGCAAUGCUAUGGCUAAUCGGUUCCUAGACAAGGUGUCCUGGUGGGGCUGUGGCGCCCACAUUCCGUCCGUCAUGGACUCUGUGCCUGAGAGCAAGUGGUGUUCGUGUGCUCCUCAGGUCGAGAGGGAGGGAAAGAAGUACCCUCCCAAGGCUGCUAGAUCUUGA